AUGUUCGUCGCUCCUCCAGGUUAUCAGCCCAUCUACAACCCCAGAAUCCCCUAUCUGGGGCCCAUCUAUGGGGGUCUGAGGGACGGAUCGUCCAUCUACCUCCAGGGCUCCACUCCUGAAAACAUGACCAGGUUUUUCAUUAACCUGCUGUGUGGAGAGGCGGAAUCCAGCGACGUCGCCCUGCACUUCAACCCUCGAUUUGAUGGAUGGGACAAGGUGGUCUUUAACACCCGCCAGAACAACUCGUGGGACUCCGAGGAUAAGGUCCGCAGCAUGCCUUUCUCCAAAGGCCGGGCCUUUGAAAUGGUGAUCAUGAUCACCUCACACGGCUACCAGGUUAAAGUGGAUGGGAAAGAUUUCCACACUUUCCAGCAUCGUCUGCCCGUGGAGAGAGUCCGGGCGAUGCACAUCGCAGGAGACGUCUCCAUCCAGACCAUCAAUGUGAUCGGAGGAGGAUUCCCAGGUGGGAUGGGAGGAGGAAUGGGAAGCAUGGGCGGACAGCCGGUCUACAAUCCUCCCGUGCCGUACUCCAACAUGAUCCCAGGAGGGAUGUUCCCUAAGAGGACCAUCAUCGUCCGGGGCAUGGUGUCCCACGGGGCUAAUGGACUGAGCAUCAACUUCAAGGUGAGCCGAUCCCGGGACAUCGCCUUCCACAUGAACCCCCGAGUGAAGCAAGGCAUCGUGGUGAGAAACAGCAUGAUCGGAGGGCGAUGGGGCCAGGAGGACCGACACUCAGCACGAACCCCUUCAGGGAGGGGCAGUACUUCGACGUGAGUCUUAUCCGCAGGAUUUCUAGGUCUUUCUCGUGUUUCCCAGAUGUCGAUUCGCUGCGGAAACCAGAGGUUCAAGGUGUUCGUCAACGGCCAGCACUUGUUCGACUUCUUCCACCGCCUGCAGGCCUUCAGUGAGAUCGACCUGCUGGAGAUCGAAGGCGACGUGCAGAUCUCCUACAUCCACUUCUGA